GCCGUCGCCACGUGACCCCACCUCUGCGAGACACCUGGAGCCCUGUGCCUGCGCCUGCGCCGCCCCCUCUCUCGUUCGCGAGCUUGCCCCCGCUCUCCCUCUCCCUCGCACCCGCUGCGCGGGGCGGGGGCCCCUGGUCGGUCACGUGCCCGCCGGGAGGAUCCUCCCGUCCGAGUCCGGAUCCCCCGCCCGUGCCACACCGAGGUCGCCGUCAUGAGCGGCAAGACCACGCCCGUCGACGCGAUCCCCGAGGCCACGAGCACGCCGACCGUUGCCGCCGUGGUCACGCCCCCUGCCACCGUGGUCGCGCACCCUGCCACCGUGGUCGCGCCCCCAGCCCCCGUGGUCGCACCCCCUGCCGUCGUCGUCCCCGUGAAUCGACGGCGCAGCUCUGUGUCGGCGGAGCAGCUGUCUGACCUGAGCGCGGAGCAGGCGGCCCCCAGGAACAACGGGGCCAUCCCGAAGGUGCACCGCCGCGGCUCCGCCAGCCAGCGCCGCAGGUCGUCUGUCGUGGACGACGUCGCGGCUGCGGCUGACGACGACGACGUGCCCAACACGUCCUCGUCGACGUCCAGGGUUAACGGGCGGCGUUGGGUUGAGUACGAGAUGCCGACCUCGGCGUCCACGCCGCGCGUCAACGGAUACUACCCCAUGACUGGGCGCGCCCCCAGCCUGGCUCCUAGCACCCUGGAGCAGCUGCGGCUAUCACCGUGCUCCACGACGUCCACCACCCCCACAAGGCCCACGUCCUUCCCCCGACUCACGCCCGGCACCUCGCCGUCACCGUCACCCGCGCUGUCCACCGACGCCAUCCUCGUAGACGAGGAGGCCGCCUUGGUCGCCGUCGAGCCCGCCGACGACGCCCUCCUUAAGCCGCCGGGGCCGUCCCCAGCCGCCUCAGGGUUCUCCGUGUCGCCGUCCUCAACGUGCACGCGGCGUGGCAGCCGCGGCCGCCGGCGCUCCUCGCAGCCCGGGGGGGACCGGGACCAGGGCGACCGCCUGCUCGGCGCCUUCGGCAUGCCAUUCCUGUUCCCCGGCGCGGCCAUCCCCAUGCGCCAGGAGAUGGAGGAGCAGCAGGCCCGUCUUAGCGAGUGGACCCUGGAGCUCAACUCGCAGAUCGCCACCUUCCGCGAGCUGAUGCUGAGCAUCGGCAGCGGCAAGGACACCCAGCAGCUGCGGGAGGAUGUCCGCAAGUGCCGCAUGGCGACCAUGGAGUUGUGCAGAAAUGCGCGCCCCCUCAUCGCGGCCUCACAUAAGUGGUUGCAUUGUGUUGUACCCUACUGGAUCCGCCCCAGGCAACAGCCGCAGCCGCGCCGCGCCACGCCUCGCCGACAGCCCUGCCCAGUGCCCAGUCCGCCCCCGCUGUCCGCCCCGCCCCGACACAGACGGCUUGGCCACAUGACAGGGUCGUGUUGCAGGGCGCAGCCGGGGGGCUGGACCUACACCAUGACCCCGGCCGCCAUGUGGUGCGAGUUCAUGAAAAUGUUCCACCGGCAGCUCGGCACCUGCUACAUCCUAGUGCACGAGUUCCCCGCCGACAUGUCCGGCUACCAAGGGGGUGCGCUCUCCAAGCUGCUGGUGCAGAGCCUUCGGCCCGAGUGGAACAAGCAGGAGAUCGCCAGCGUGCGGGUGGACCUCGUCGAGCUGCAGGAGUGCAUCACGGCGACCGGGGUGGUCACGCCGGACGACGAGCAGCAGAUGGAGAGCUCCACCGCCCUGCAGAAGCCCGAGCUUCAGCGCCGCCGCUCGGCCCUCAGCUUCAUGUUCUGCUGCUCCCGGGACUCGAACCGGAGCCCGCCGCCGCCUCCUGAGCCCACCUCCUCCGUCCAGGACCUGCCGGACCAGCCCACCAGCUCGGGCAGCAGCAGCAACAGCGGGAACAACAACAGUAGUGCCAACAACAACAAUAACAACAGUAGUGCCAACAACAAGCCCCUCAACGAGGUCAACCAGGAGGAGGAGGAGGAGGACGAGGAGGGAGCGGAGGCCCGGCCCUACGACCCGUGCACGCCGUGGGACUCAAUGUGAUUUGAGGACGUAAAAUUUGUUAUUUGCAUACAAGACAGAGUUUUUCUUUUUCUAUGGUAAUGAUUAAGAGUCGUGUACAAAGGUAGAUAGUCCUGUUCAAAAUUGUACUACAGAAAAAUUUCUAGUAUUUCAAUAAAAUUCACAAAUUAAACUUUGCUGUUUCCGUUGGUUCUUUUUCUCGUUUGGCUGCAACAGCAUUCACAAAUAAUCUUUUCCUUAAGAUGCAGUCUUACUUAAACUUCAUGAUUCAAUCAUUUCAACGUAAACUUUUGUCCUCCGACUUGGCCACGAAGACGACCUCAAGAAGAAAAGUUCAAAAUGCAAAAGAUUUAAAAAAUUAUU